AUGGCUUUGUUAACAAUACGAAACAACCAUAUCUUUACUAACAAAAUUCGUCUUCAACAAACUACUACUUUGUUGAAUUCUAGUGGAGGACCUUCAAAUACCUAUUUGCCUAAACCUGGAUUCACGCCAUCUCAGUCAUCAUCAAAUAAUACAAGUGCAAUAGUGGGCGGUGUAAUAGGCUUCUUUAUUUUUGUUAGCGUAAUAGCAGUAGCUGGCUUUAUGUUGUAUCGAAGACACAGAGCAAAAAUGUUUGAUCCACUCAUAGAUAUAAAUAAUCAGACUUGCUCUGAUACAAAUCAUCAGGAUUACUCUGAUAUGAAGCACCAA